AUGUCGCAGUUGGAACCGGAAAUCGCCAAUUCAAGGGAUGUCAACCGCGUCAAUUCUGACGAAAUUGAGGUGGCAGGAGGAAAUGGUCGCUACAGCAAGCUGUCACCCAGAAAGGAUAAGGAGUGUAUAGGAGGAUGGAAAACUGCAAUUAUCUUGCUUGCGAAUCAAGCACUGGCCACACUAGCUUUCUUUGGAGUUGGAGUAAACUUGGUUUUGUUUCUGACUCGAGUCCUUCGCCAAGACAGUGCCCAGGCUGCUAACAAUGUGAGCAAGUGGACCGGAACCGUUUACAUAUUCUCACUGAUUGGGGCCUUCCUCAGUGAUUCUUACUGGGGCCGAUAUUUAACCUGCUCAAUCUUUCAGCUCAUUUUUGUUGUGGGUUUGGGACUGCUGUCCAUGACUUCUUGGAAACUUUUGAUCAAACCAGCUGGUUGUGGCAAUGAAGAAACUAGAUGCAGGGAACCAUCAGAUGCGGGUAUUGGCGUAUUCUACUUGUCCAUAUAUCUAGUGGCAUUUGGAUAUGGAGGGCAUCAACCCACCUUAGCAACCUUUGGGGCGGAUCAAUUUGAUGAGAAGAACGAAAAACAUAAGAACGCCAGAGAAGCUUUCUUCUCUUAUUUUUACUUUGCCCUCAACGUUGGAUCUUUAUUCUCCAACACUAUAUUAGUAUACUAUGAGGAUACAGGGAUGUGGACGAUGGGUUUCUUGGUGUCCUUGGCCUCAGCUAUCAUUGCUUUAAUUUCAUACUUGGCAGGAUAUAAAAGAUAUAGAUAUGUAAAGGCAUAUGGGAAUCCAGCGAUAAGGAUAGCUCAGGUGUUUGUGGCUGCUUUUAGAAAGUUGAAGAUUCAACCAGCCAAGGAAGAACAACUUUAUGAGGUUGCUGGUCCAGAAUCUGCCAUAAAAGGCAGUAGAAAGAUUCUGCACAGCGACGAUUUUAGUUUCAUGGACAAGGCAGCAACGAUAACGGAGAAAGAUGGAGAUGAUUUCAAGAAUCACUGGCGGCUUUGCACUGUCACUCAAGUUGAAGAAGCCAAGUGUGUAUUGAGAAUGCUACCAGUUUGGCUAUGUACUAUAAUUUAUUCGGUUGUGUUUACGCAAAUGGCUUCACUUUUUGUCGAGCAAGGGGAUGUGAUGGACAACAAGCUUGGAAAUUUUCACUUGCCAGCGGCCAGCAUGUCAGUGUUUGAUAUCUUCAGUGUCCUUAUAUGCACUGGAGUUUAUCGCCAAGUCAUUGUUCCUCUGGCGGGAAUGUUCAGUGGCAACCCUAGGGGACUAACUGAGCUUCAAAGAAUGGGAAUUGGCCUAGUUAUCGGGCUGCUAUCUAUGGUUGCAGCUGGUGUCACAGAGAUUGCAAGGCUCAGACAGGUUACACCAGGGGAAAAGGCUAGUUCUUUGAGUAUAUUUUGGCAAAUCCCACAGUAUGUUCUAGUUGGUGCUUCAGAAGUUUUCAUGUAUGUGGGUCAAUUGGAGUUCUUUAACGGGCAAGCCCCAGAUGGCAUAAAAAGCUUUGGAAGCUCACUUUGCAUGGCAUCAAUUUCCCUUGGAAACUAUGUGAGUAGCCUGCUGGUGUUCAUGGUCAUGGGAAUCACUGCAAGAGGUGAUAAUCCAGGAUGGAUUCCCAAUAACUUGAAUGAGGGGCACUUGGAUAGGUUUUACUUCCUCGUUGCAAUACUAACUGCUGUUGACUUUGUGCUCUACUUAUUCUGUGCUUCCUGGUACAAGAGCAUCAACAUUGAAGACAUUGACAUAGAAAGCCAAGAGGACGAGGAACUUAUUAGUACAGUUUGA